CGACCACGUGUGGAAGUAGUGUUACGAAGUUUGUUUUGGUUAGCGCUAGACUCCUAUUUCAUUAUCAACUCCUAUCGUUUACUAUCAGUCUGUUUUACACUCAAAGUGAGUCUGACGUCUUACUGAACCGAAUACAAAAUGUCGAAGAUCACUCCAAACCCCGCCAAAGCUUUGUUGAGGACGGAGAUAGCUGCUCGCAUCGCAGCACUGUCCACGGAAGAGAAGAACCGACAGUCUAAAAUAGUUUAUGAUAAGAUAAUUAACCAUCCUUGGUACAAAUCAGCGAACCGCAUUUCCCUUUACAUGAGCACAGACCAGGAGAUCAACACAGCGCCUAUCAUCAGCCACAUCAAGCAGAGAGGAGCUAAAGCCUUCGUGCCCCAAUACGCUGGAGGAACGAUGAGGAUGCUUCUCCUCGAAGAAAAUGAUGACGAGAAGACCAUGUUCAUCACUAAACAUGGGAUCGCACAGCAUGGGAAAAAUCAGAAGAGGGAAGAUGCUGUUGAAACUGGUGGACUGGAUCUAGUUAUAGCUCCAGGAGUAGCCUUCUCCAAGUCAGGAGACAGAUGUGGUCACGGAGGCGGCUACUAUGACAAGUUCCUUGCUGGCCUGAGGAGUAACCCCGAAACUGCACCUAAGGUGGUAGCAGUGGCCUUCUCCUGCCAAGUGAUUGACAACGUACCUACGAACGAACAGGAUCAAAAAGUUGACGAAGUUAUUUACGCUGAAUAAAUUAAUUAAGUAGUUGCCUAUUGGUAUAUCGUAGAUAUAUAUAAAAUUGUAUAUUCCUAUAAUAAAAUCUAAGAUUCGUUUUUAUAGUAAGCCUUUUAUUUUCGUAUGUUAUUAUUUUAGGUCGAUGUACCUAAUGGUAAGGUUGACCGGUAAGUUGUACUUUUGAGUUAGUUAAUAAUAAAAGAUUUUGAUGGGUAUUUUAUACAUAUUUUAAUAAUCGUACUUUCAUUAAUAUUUUUUUCGAUAGGUUAUUAUAGUUUAAACUUACCUAGCCACAUACUAGGACUCCCUUCUCGUUAGUAAACAUAUCAUUUUACUUACACAAUACAUCCUGUACCCAAACAACAUUAUGUGUAUCACACAAAAAUUGUUUCUUGCGAGAAUCGAACUCGCGAUAUUACACAGCGUCCAGUUUACCAGUGACAGCGCUAAUGAACAGUCAUUUUUUAAUGU